UUGCAAUCACCGAACCUUUCUAGCGGUUAAUUUUUAAAUCCACCUCUAUUCAUUGGUUCUCAUGCUUUAAGACAAAAGUUUGUGUCGGACCGAAAUUUGCCGCAAAACGGAAUUAAAAUGACCCUCACAUCCAAGGCUCCACGUUUCAAAUCCAAGUUCAUCACCGCUGAGCUGGCUCGUCUAUUCACCCAGUCAGACAGUGAGGAGGAGUUCGAAGGUUUUAGUGAGGAUGAGGACGAAGAGGACAGAGGAUGUUGCAACAAACGGCUGAAGACCAAGAUGGAUUCAGAAGAAGACAGCGAUGUGGACACAGGCUUCUACUCUGAUGGCGAGGAGGCUUCCCCACCAAAGAGAAGGAGUCUUUUAGUAGCCCUGAGGUUUCCUAUGAAAAGACUGUCUACUCCCAAACAGGAACCACAGGAUAAAAAUGUCAAGGAGCCUGUCAAAGAAACACCUCUUUCACAGAGAGCCCGAAGAAGGCAGAGGAUGAAGCAGAUGCAGGACAAAGAAGAAGAGGAGGAGGAACAGGAGCAGGAACAGGAGGAGGACAAAGAGGAGGUUCUGUCUCAGAGUCUAAGAAAACGAGACAAGAACAUUCAGGAAAACAAGGCCAUGCUGGCUAAGCUGUUUGCUGAUCUGUCCACCAUGGCGGACCUGACUCUGCCUGCCACUCCUCAGAAGAAGAAGAAGCAGGCGGCAGAGAAGGCAACGCCACGGAAACGCAAGUUUGAACCAGAGAUGGGGUCAGAAAGAAGGAACCCAUCCCGUAAGGCUCGUCCUCCUGAGAACUUUGCAGUGGAGGAAAAGAGCGAGCCAGUCACCCACAGAAGCCCCAGGACUAUAGAUGUCAGGAGACUGGUGGAAGUGGACGAGGAACAUGCCAGUGAGAAAAGGAAAAAGAGAAAGAGCCAAAGUUCGAGGAGGAGCCAGUAUGUGGUGAAGUCAGUCGACGAAAUCACCAGAGAAGACCUGGACAACAUAGCGUAUCGAAGCAAAGACAAGAUCUGGGACAAAGAGAAUGGCAGCUCAUGUCACCAGUGCAGACAGAAGACUCUGGACACAAAGACAGUGUGUCGCAGUGGUUUCUGUGUGGGGGCCAAAGGUCAGUUUUGUGGGCCGUGCUUGAAGAAUCGCUAUGGGGAGGACGUGCGCACUGUACUUCUUGACCCGACGUGGUCCUGUCCCAUUUGCCGCGGGAUGUGUAACUGCAGUCUGUGUCGCAAGAAGGAGGGCCGCUGUGCUACCGGGAUCCUGGUGGGAUUGGCUCGCUACAACGGCCACGACAAUGUCCACGAGUAUCUGAAGAGUAUUCAGAAGGAGCUGCAGUAAAGUCCAGAAUGUUGACCAGCGAGGAGAACCUGCUCGUACAGCUGGUACCUGGAGAAGGUUCGGGUGCUGCACAGUACUGUAGAACAUGCACAUCUUUAGGUAUAGGUCAACCUUAUAUCUAACUAGAGAAACAAAAGCAAAAAAAUAUGUUUUUUUUUCUUUGUCACCUUAAGAUAAGGCACAUACACUGUUAAUAUGUUUUAUAUAACCUGAUUUAAGCCUGCAUAAGAUGCAGGAAUGUUUUUAUCGUUUUAAAGCCAGUACUCAGUUUUGAGUUGUAUGAUUGUUUUGAGUGUUGUUGACUAAAACAAACGCAAGUGGUUCAUCUCUGUGUUACGGAUGCAAACGGAGCCUUUUAUACCAACUACUUUUCUAAAAGUGGUACAGCUUUCUUGUCGGUCCACUGUAAAUUUGAAUAAAGAAUGGCAUUUGCUAGAUGAUUUGCCAUGUUUUUAAAUGAUAUCCAUGCAGGCUUUUUUUCUGUUGAAUGCUUGUUUCAGAACUAACAGAUGUGUCUUUUAAGGAGGAGUUAGCUGCGUGUGUGUGUGUGUGUGUGUAGCUGCUGUGUACCUGGUGUCAUUUCCCAAAGGUGUGUGGGGUCAGGUCCAGGUCAACUGUUGGCUCCUGAGGUGACCAGGAAAGCAGUCAGCUGAUUUCGUAUAAUGACCAGGUACCUCAGGGUCACAGCCCCGUCACAAGUCAACCCGAGGUAACCGAGGGACCAUUGUCAUGAAAUGUAUGUAAGAAAUACAAAGGUAUGUUACAGCUGUCUAAUUACUUCAUUUACUGUUAGUGUCAGUAGUGUCAUACAGUGCACACUCAAGAUCAGUGUGAGUUUAUGUACACAUUAAUGUGAUCAUCAAAUGGAAUCAAAACCUUGUUCUGACACUUUGAGAGUUUGUUACAUUUAACUCCUUUUUUUUACCCUCAAAACACCUGAGGGUGCAGAGAGAGGCUGUAGAUUUAGGUGUUUUUGAAGUGCUUCAAAGGAGUGAGAUGUCAAAGAUAUGUGCUUGAGCUGCCUUACUGCAUGAUGCUUUUUGAAACUGGACAGUCAGAGCGACCUGCCAGUGAACUCUCUCUCCCUCAAGUUACGCUUUGGUUGCAGCUGUGUUACACCUGGGGUGUUUUGUAGUUCAUGUUUUCUGAAGUAGACAGUUUAAGUUAAGUGGCCCAUUAUCCCCUCACACAAACAACAAUCAGUCAAAGCAGGCGUGUUUUUUUGAGUGGGAAUAGAUUGUCCUGUAACUGAAUGGUCACAGGUUUCGAUCCUCGUAGCAUCAAUUUAGAGUCCAUCAACAGCAGAAAUGGCAUCCGGGAGCAGUAAUUGUUCCCAAAGGAAGCGCAGAUACAGCAGAUACUCCAUCAUCGCUGCUGUCACAACACAGCUGAGAGAUUACCCAGCUAUAAGGAGGUGGGAGGAGUUACAGAAAGUGUGUGUGUGUGUGUGUGUGUGUGUGUGUGUGUGUGUGUGUGUGUGUGUGUGUGUGUGUGUGUGUGUGUGUGUGUGUGUGUGUGUGUACCAUGUAUAUACAUUGUUAUGGCUCUUGUUUCAUUGUGAUUGUAUUUUCUACUUCCAUCUGGUCAAUACACACAAAUACCAGUGCAUCAGAGAGGAAUUUAAGACAGU